CGGGAGUCCAUCGACAACUUCCCAACUUUUCUUUCCCGCAUCUAAUACAUCGCUCCAACGCGUCCCUAUUGUCCUCCACCUCCGACCCUACAAACGGCACUCUCUCCACUUGCUCACUUGGUCUUUCCUUACUACCGGGUGCGCGACACUCUCUUUCAGCCGCUAUGGCAGAUCCUCAAUUCACCUCUUCCCACUCUAACUCCCCGCUACCAGAAGCCGGCCACGACUCAGACGAUCCUCUCCAUCCCGAGGUCGACGAAGAGAAUUCAACCCCAAAUUCACUCAUUGCCGCUCCGGAGCAGGACAUGGAGGCUACUGAUUUUGAGGAUAAGGCCGAAGUGCCUGACCAAGACGACAUUGAAGGCGCAGGCUUGUCCGAUGAUGCUUCUGAGCUUUCUGAGUUAGACGAGCAGCAGUUUGACGAUUUCAAUGCUGAAGAUAUUGCCAUCGAGGAGCGCCCGGCGCAAAUGAUCGAUGAGACUAAUGUCAACUUGAUCGGCGUGCAUAAGCGGAAGAGGGCUGAAGGUGAGGGUGAACCUGCCAAAAAGAAGAAGAAGAAAGACAGCAGACGUGACAAGCCGAGGAGGAAGAAGACACAUGACGAUGAGGUCAGUGCGGGAGAGGACACAGGUGGCAGAAAGAGCAGGAAGCGAAAGGAGGGUAGAAUCAGAGGAGCAAGCCCAGACUCAGCAGCGGAAGACGAGCACCUUACUCCAGAAGAGCGUCGAAAACGCGCCCUCGAUCGAUCGAUUGACCAGGUUGUUAAGUCUUCGAAGGGCUCCUCACGUCGUCGCAAGAAAGGCGACAUCGACCUGGAUCAAAUGGCAGACCAAGAGAUUGAAGACAUGCGACGUCGUAUGGCUGCUGCUGCAGAAGCCGACAACGAAGGUCGCAAGCGGGGAGAGCCAGCUGCCCACAAGCUCAAACUUCUCCCAGAAGUUGUCGCUCUUCUCAACAAGAAUACACUUAGGGAAUCCAUCGUCGACCCUGAAAUUAAUCUGCUCGAAGCGGUCCGCUUCUUUCUCGAGCCGCUAAGCGACGGCAGUCUUCCAGCAUACAGCAUCCAGCGGGAGCUUUUUGCUGCGUUGGCUAAGCUCCCCGUCAAUAAGGAUAGUCUGGUUGCAUCUGGUAUCGGCAAAGUCAUCAUGUUCUACAUCAAGAGCAAGCGUCCAGAACUAGGCAUCAAACGCCAAGCUGAACGCCUCUUCACGGACUGGACCCGUCCUAUCCUCCGACGCACCGACGACUACCGCAAGAAGGAAUUCUCUCAAGCGGAGUAUGAUCCAACCAAACUUCCCGUUCGUACCGCACACACCAACAAUCAAGCUGCUGUUGCCAGAGCGAAGGCCCUUGAAGCUCCGCGUGCCUUCCAACGUGCCCGCAUGGAAGCCGGUCCCACUACCUAUACUAUCGUACCCAGGUCCAACGUUCAACUUGGCGAACAAGUUAAGAGAGCACCUGGUGCAGGAGGUGAUGAACUUCUCAAGCGUAUCAAAGCCAAGUCCGGUAGGGGUGGGCGCUGAGCUGUCCUAUUAUUCUUGGGACAGCGUCUGCAGGCAAGGAUAACUUUUUCUGGGCGUUUGGAGUCGGUCUAGUAGCAAGGUACCUGAUCUCCCGUUUGUCUAACCGGUACCAUAAAGGAUGGUUCACAUUUCCCCUAAUCAGUUGCAUGGCUGGAGUUUGGUCCCUGUAGGAAUUAGAAGUCAGGAUUUGUAACCUCUGGACAGCAACCGAGUUCACAUGUCAACACAUCAACACAUCCAUAUCUUGAACUCUUUCAUAUUCGGCAGGCCAGCAUCUCUUCUAGAACGGGAGACCUCAGGAGCACGAGAACAUGAAGGUGGAACUCGAUUUUCGGAAAGCGAGAUUGCGUCAUCAGCCGUGUUGCCAUUUGUGGCGUCUCAAUGUAUCCGGGUGUCACAGAGAUUUGAUCGAGCGCGAGAUCGAUAGGUCUUUCUGUAGCGUCAAGGAGAUCGAUUUGCAUAGCAUGCUUCAAU